AUGUAUGCAACGUUCAAGGAAACAGAGGAUGACUUCAUGGUAGGAGGGGUGAGAAUACUCAUUGCCUGGCAGGUGCUAGAGCUGCCUGGCUCUGCCUGCGUGGCUGCGGGGCAUUAGGACCCGGAGGUUGCUGAGCGGAGGAGGCUGAAUUCCCCUCCCGCUGUCAUCCUGCUGCCUCUGCAGCUUUAUUCCUCAUCUCCUUCAAUGGUGGCUGACAGCCUCCCGUUCGGGCGGGCAGCCACAGCGAGAAGGCCUCGCUAGGACUCGUUCCCUGCACCUCCAUGGCAUCCCCCAGGACCAUCACCAUAGUCGCCCUCUCGGUGGCCCUGGGGCUCUUCUUCGUCUUUAUGGGGACCAUCAAACUGACCCCUCGGCUCAGCAGAGAUGCCUACAAUGAGAUGAAGCGAGCAUACAAAAGCUACGUGCGGGCCCUCCCCAUGCUGAAGAAGAUGGGAGUCAGCUCCAUCCUCCUCCGCAAGAGCAUUGGUGCCCUAGAAGUGGCGUGUGGCAUUGUCAUGACACUGGUGCCCGGUCGCCCCAAAGACGUGGCCAAUUUUCUCCUCCUUCUCCUUGUGCUGGCUGUGCUCUUUUUCCACCAGCUAGUGGGGGAUCCACUCAAGCGUUAUGCCCAUGCUCUGGUCUUUGGGAUCCUGCUUACCUGUCGCCUGCUGAUUGCCCGCCAGCCAGAGGAGCAGCCGCCAGAAAAGAGGAUGCUGUCAGUGAAUGGGGAUGAACAGCCACUCAUCAAUGAAGCAGCUCCUGAGAAAGGCAAAAUGAAGGUAUCCUAGUUGAGUGCGUGUGAGAAAUACGGACCCUCGAGGCAGCUCUCUCCUGAAAAUCACCCAGAAAAAAAUUGUUUUUUAUUUACCUAUUUAUAUUUUUUCGUCUGUCUAAAUAAAGUUGCACUUGGGGUCUGAGAGACA